GCGCAGCGCGGGUGCGGAGCACGGAGCAGUGCGCAAGGCGGGUGCGAGGGAGCGGUGCGUGAGCGGACUGGACGGGCGCUCCCCGCCGCCCCCCAUGAGCGCAGCCUCGCGCGGCCCGGGUCCGUAGCAGCGGGGCGCCCCCCCCAUGCUGCUGCAGCCCGCGCCGUGCGCCCCGAGCGCGGGCUUUCCGCGGCCCCCGGCCGCCCCCGGCGCCAUGCACGGCUCGCAGAAGGACACCACGUUCACCAAGAUCUUCGUGGGCGGCCUGCCUUACCACACCACCGACGCCUCGCUCAGGAAGUACUUCGAGGGCUUCGGGGACAUCGAGGAGGCCGUGGUCAUCACCGACCGCCAGACUGGCAAAUCCCGCGGCUAUGGCUUCGUGACCAUGGCCGACCGGGCAGCAGCUGAACGGGCUUGCAAAGACCCUAACCCGAUCAUCGAUGGCCGCAAGGCCAAUGUGAACCUGGCAUAUCUGGGCGCCAAGCCACGGAGCCUGCAGACGGGUUUUGCCGUCGGUGUGCAGCAGCUGCAUCCAGCUACAACCUUGAUCCAGCGGACGUAUGGGCUGACCCCCCACUACAUCUACCCGCAAGCCAUCCUACAGCCCAGCGUGGUGAUCCCGGCCACCCCAGUCCCGGCGCUGUCCUCGCCUUACCUUGAGUACACACCAGCCAGUCCUGCCUACGCCCAGUACCCACCAGCCACCUAUGACCAGUACCCGUAUGCUGCCUCACCUGCCACAGCUGCCAGCUUCGUGGGCUAUGGCUACCCGGCCACUGUGCCCCCCACGCUGUCAGCCACAGCCCCUGCGGGCACCACCUUCCUGCAGUACCAGGCGCCCCAGCUGCAGCCUGACAGGAUGCAGUGAGGCCCAGCUACAGCCACAGCACCCAUGGUGCAGCAGGCAGGGCCACCGGGCCUUGGCCGGCCCAGGCCCUCAGGGCCCUGUUGUGCUCUGGACAGCACCAGGAAGCUUCUCUUCCAGCCUGGGUCCCGUUGUGCCUUGAGUGAGGACUGUGAGAAGGAAGAAUGGGUGGGGAGAGCCCGGCACUUCUCCUGCGCCUCUCCUGCCUCAUGCUCCAGGGCUGGGCUGUCCCCACCCGGCCUCGGAGGGGUGACGUAGGGGCCUUGUCCCUCCGGGUGCCUUACUCCAGAGGCCCAGGAGGGAGGCUGAGUGACCUCCACUCUGGUGGGAGACACCCCCUUCCUCUUCGCUGAGGCCACCUGCUUGCGGCCAGCACUGUCCAGGCGUGGCCUGUGGCACACAUGUCCCGGUGGCAGAGGCCACAGUGUCAUCCUGUUGGAUUUGUUUUCUACUAAGACGACUUCAGAAUUUCAGUCUAUUUUUUCAGUGGAGACUACUGCCAUCAAGAGUCCCAAGCCUAUUUUUGACUUUGAGAGACUUGUUUUUGUUGAUGCUCCAGCCGGAGGCUUUAGUGUUUCCACACAGAAGUGUCUGCUGACCACCCGGCGAGUUCUCAGGUGUCUUCCUGCGCCGCUGUUGAGGCCUUAGCCCUGCCCUGCUCCCCACCCCACUUAGGACCUCUACCCCAGCCUGCUCUCGGUGGGCCUCAGGGAGGUCAGAGUGCAAGGUCUGUGCCUGUCCUCCCCUGUUGCCACAUGCUGUCCACCAGCUGGGACACCCCUGCCUGUCGGGCUCCCUGUAUUGACUCCCGCAGGCCCCCCAUCUCUGGACGAGUGGGCUGGGCAGCAGGGUGUCCCCUCAAUCCUACCUCAGGGAGCUGAGUGUGCAGGUGCUCCAGGGCAUGCCUGGUACCGAGUCAAGGCCCCGAAAAUAAAGGUAGCUAAUAUUAUAAUAAUAUUUUUAUUAGAAUGUUCAGAUUAUAAAAAUAAAACUUGUUUUCUUUA